UUUAUAAACAGUUGGAGAUGAGAAUUAAAGGGUUUUUCCAUUUAUUUUAUCUUUCUAGCCUGCUCCGCCCUCUCACUACCAUUCAAUCUCACUCUCUAUAUAUACACACACACAUAUAUGUCUGUUUGUGUGUGUCUAUAUCUAUAUCUAUUUGUUGGGUGACAAUCACCUUUGCCUCUUCCUCUGUUCUUUCCAUUCCACUCUGUUCAUUAUGGGCUUUUUCAAGGCUGAAGCAGCCGUUUACAAGCCUGUGGCCGAUGUGGAUCUUGGCCCCAACAGUGAUGAGGUUUAUCUACGAGCCAACGUCAAAGCGCCUCGCGUGGCCGGAUUGCUGGUUAAAAUUUUUGCGUGGUUCUUGGAGUCUCGGAUUUUUGGACCUUUUCUAUUGUACAUAUUAAAAAAGGACAAUUUAAUCCACAAGCUUGUUUCAUUUGCAGAAUUGAAAGAGCCACCUGUUUUUGUUCCUUUAAACCCGCAUGAAGACCUUACAGAACAAGAAGUGAAAUGCAUUGAGUCCAGCCUAUCUCCACCUGAACAAGUUCAAAUGGCCGUGGAGUGUCUACAAUCUUCAGAAAGAACAUUAAAAAAUCCAAAGGUUUCUUUUUGUCGCCGAACAAUAUUAGACUAUUCUAGAGCCUACAAUUCAGGAGAGACAACUCCUCGAAUGAUUGCAGAUCGAUUUCUAGCUGCUGUUCAUGAAUCUUCUGAUCCUACAUUGAACAUGUCAUUCUUUAUUGAUUAUAAUUUGGAAGAUAUUUUAAGGCAAGCUACUGAGUCAACUCUUCGGCAUGAACGAGGAGAGCCAAUUUCUGUGCUAGAUGGAGUCCCAAUUGCCAUCAAAGAUGAAAUAGAUUGUAUGCCAUAUCCAACUACAGGAGGCACAAAGUGGUUGCACAAAGUAAGACCUUGUAAAGAUGAUGCAUGCUGUGUUAAGCGCCUAAGAUCAUGUGGUGCCAUACUUGUUGGAAAAACAAAUAUGCAUGAGCUUGGGGCUGGAACCAGUGGGAUAAAUCCUCAUUAUGGGGCUACAAGGAAUCCAUAUGAUACCAAUAGAAUCUCUGGAGGUUCUUCUAGUGGAUCUGCCGCUGUGGUGUCCGCGGGAUUGUGUCCUGUUGCCCUUGGUGUUGAUGGAGGAGGAUCUGUGCGAAUGCCUGCUGCUCUAUGUGGUGUCGUUGGUUUGAAGCCAACGUUUGGACGCGUCUCACACUCUGGUGUUCUUCCUCUGAACUGGACAGUUGGGAUGGUUGGAAUUCUAGCAGGCACAAUUGAAGAUGCACUUAUUGUCUAUGCAGCUAUUAGUGCUCAACUUCCAUCACAUCAACCAACUACAGUAUCGCCCAAAUUACUCUUCCCACUGCUGAAGUCACCAAACUGUUUAUCUAGAAUCAAACUUGCUAAAUAUGGAGAGUGGUUUAAUGAUUGCACUGAUGACAUCAGAACUUGCUGUUCCCAUGCUCUGCAACGACUUCAUGAGCAUUACGGAUGGGAGACGGUAGAGGUGACCAUUCCUGAGAUAGAGGUGAUGCGGCUGGCACAUUACGUAACAAUUGGAUCUGAGUGUAGCACUUCAAUUGCUUCCCAUCUGGAGAAGCUGAAUAUGGCAGAAAUAGGGUGGGAUGCAAGAGUAGCACUUUCUGUAUAUGGUGCUUUCAGCAGCAGGGAGUAUAUAAAUGCACAGAGAAUUAGGAAUCGCCAGAUGCAGUUUCAUAAGAAUAUAUUUGCCAAGGCAGAUGUCAUUGUUACACCCACAAUUGGGGUAACUGCUUAUCCGAUAUUUAAUGACGCUCUAAAAUCUGGUGAACUUGACUACAUAAAUGGAGCUGCGCUUGUUCGGUAUCAGAUAGCAGGAAAUUUCUUGGGAUUGCCUGCAGUGACUGUACCGGUUGGAUAUGACAAGUUUGGCUUGCCUAUAGGCCUUCAAUUUAUUGGGAGGGCAUGGUCUGAAUCUACAUUGAUUCACAUGGCUUUUGCAAUGCAGUCCCUGUGCAACUCGGAGUACAGAAAACCAGUGGUUUUCUAUGAUCUGCUGAAUCAGGAUUAAGUGGCGGCAUGUUCUCUCUUUUGUUUAAAAUGAGGGAAGCAAAUAAUAUUAAGGGUUCCGAUCGAACAUUUAAUUAGCUAAGAAGUGUGUCUAAGCUAAGCACUUGCUGUAACAAUUAUGGUUUUAUCUAUUGCUACACGGAUUUGUUCUCAUUAACAGAAAA